UAUCAUAAAUCCCGAAACUACCCGUUCAACUAGAACCCUGCAUCGGUUUUGACUUUUGACAGAUGAGUGAUCUAUCAUCAUCUAAUUUUUCUGGAAAAUGGACUAACUGGGUUUCAGCAGGCAUCAAAGAGCAUCCAUUAAACAAAUGGGUUGGCUUACAGUAAACAAUGCAUCUACAACCUCAUUGAAUUGGGGGAACUCUAUCUUCACUUGUGGGAAGUGUAUUGGCCUCUAUGAUGUGCAAAAGUGUUUGCCAGCCAAAUCAUGCAGUGGAGUUGCAUUUAGCCCAAGAGCUUUUGCAAGCCGGAAUUCGCUGAAGAAGUUGAGAAGGGAGAGACUAGCAAGCGAAAGGGUAGCCGAUAAAACUACUGCUAGUUCUGAAAAUGUUCAAAAUGACAACAAGGUGGAGCUUUCUGAUGAUUCAGCUGCAGAGAAAGGGGUUAAUAUCCCUUCCAGAGGUGCUGUGCUUCAGGCUUGCACUGUUACUUCCGGGUUGAUAGCUGCUUUGGGUAUACUAAUUCGACAGGCAUCUCAUGUUGCAUCGGUUGAAGGAUUACCAGUCCUUGACUGCUCAUUGGAAGUAUCAUUUGAUUUUGAGGUGUGGCAUCUUCAGUUGAUUGCCGGAUUGGUUAUUUUGAUAUCAUCAUCCCGAUAUAUAUUACUGAAGACAUGGCCAGAAUUUGCAGAGUCUAGCAAUGCAGCCAAUCAACAGGUCCUUACUUCACUUCAACCUUUGGAUUUCAUAAUCGUUGCAUUUUUACCUGGGGUCAGCGAGGAACUUCUUUUCCGGGGUGCGCUGCAGCCUCUUUUUGGAUCCAAUUUGAGUAGUGCAGUGGUGGUUGCCCUCGUCUUUGGUGUUCUACACCUGGGCAGUGGCCGAAAGUAUUCCUUUGCAGUCUGGGCAAGUUUGGUUGGGUUUGUGUAUGGUUACGCAGCCAUUGCAUCUUCUAGCCUUGUUGUGCCAAUGGUUUCUCAUGCAGUGAACAAUUUGGUGGGAGGGAUUUUAUGGCAAUACAGUUCAGAUUCAUCAGGAGAGAUAUCAGAUUAAACUAGAAGUAAAUGCUGUUAGCUAGAAUAGGGAAAGAUUAAAAUGAUACACGUACAAAAUUCAAGAUGAAAUGAACUUGUCUGCCCUUUUAAAGUUUUAAUAUGAAUGCACUAAUGGCAUUUCUUUUUCUGUUCAAAGGUGUCGAUUUGAUUCGAUAUCAUCAAGAUGUAAUUCAUCCCAUUGAAUUUACAAAUGUGAUAAUUUGUCAUUAAAUUUCAAGGUGCUAUAAAUAGAGGAGAAAAAUGCUUUCUUGCAAAGCAGUGUGCAAAUUAACCUUAAGCACUAGUAUCUUAUAGUUAGCUGAAAGAGAAUCAACAAGAUGAUGAAGUCAUCAUUGGCAAUCAUGUUUCAGUUGUUCUCUGUCGUUCUGAUGGCUAACAUGGGCCAAAUGAAAUUAGUAGAAGCCAGCGGUAACAGGAUGCUUUCGCAAGCUGCUGAUCAGAACGGCAUUGUUCUUCCUUGCCCGCCCGGCUGUCCGCACAAUCAUACUCAUCCUAAUUGCUGCGACUGUGAUACGACCAAAGGUUCCUGCAACGAGUGUUGCAAAACCAGCACUCCAUUGAUUGUAAGGCGCAACAAACGUCCUUUAUUCCCAGAUGCUGAUCAGAACGGCAUUGUUCUUCCUUGCCCGCCCGGCUGUCCGCACAAUCAUACUCAUCCUGAUUGCUGCGACUGUGAUUUCACCAAAGGUUCCUGCAAGAGGUGUUGCUAAAUUUAAUUCCCUUGAAUUAAUCCUAGCUGCUGUUGCAAUUACGCUUCCCCAAUUAUCAAAGUGCCUAGCUUGUUCUGCUCAGCUCCAAUAGUCAAGUCUGGCCGCUUGUUUGCUAAAUUUGGGUUUCGUUUUGUUUAUGCCUUGUGCCCUCUAAUGGACCACAAUAAACUACUAUCAUCAUUAUGUUGUUUUUGUUAUGAACAAAUAAUCUCUACAUCUACAAGCAAUUUGCAGAUUAAUUUCUCAUCAAA